AUGGGUGUUCCCCACACCAUGGAUACUGGUAUUGUUGCCAAUAUGGAGGUCAGUGACUUAGAUGGUAAAAACUUUGUCAAAUUACCAAAGGUGUACAGCAAGAAACACAUGCCUGUCACCAGAGAUCAUGUACCAACUAUCAAGGACAUUUCGAAAUGGCCGCAUUUGAGAGACAUUCCACUUCCAGAGAUUACAGCAGAUGUUGGGCUGUUGAUAGGCAAUUCAGUGGCGGACGCAUACACGCCACUGAACGUUGUCACAGGACCAAGAGGCUCACCCCAUGCUACUCAGACAGCAUUGGGUUGGAACAUUAUCGAUAUGCAGUAUGCAGUCAAGGUCGAGCCAGAUUCCAAGCAAGGAGAGCCAGGUCGUGUAUGGUAUAUACCCCACCAUGGGGUGUAUCACCCCCGAAAACCGGAGAAAAUUAGAACAGCGCUUGACAACAAGGACAAUUUUAGCGACGACAUCAUUGAUGGAAUGCUCCGAUCCUUCUAUGUUGAUGACUUUAUACGAUCUGUUCUUGGCACUGAGAAGGGGAUAACUACAACCAGGGACACCAUAGCUAUCUGUGGCAAGGGUGGCUUUCGUCUAACCAAGGUUUUGAGCAAUAGUGUUGAAGUGAACCAAUCAGUCCCAUUGCAAGAGAGAGCAAAGUCGCUACAGCUGAGCUUUGAAGGAGAUGAUCUCCCAGUAGAAAGGGCGCUUGGUGUUGUUUGGUCGGUUGAGAAGGACACUUUAGGUUUCCAGACUUUGUUAAAUGAGAAGCCAGCAACACGCCGAGGCAUGUUAUCGUUGAUCAGUGCGGUAUUUGAUCCAUUAGGAAUAGCUGCGCCAUUCAUUGUACCUGCUAGGAUAAUACUGCAGACACUGUGUAAGGAGCAGAUGGGAUGGGAUGAUUCAAUUCCUGACAGCGAGCUUCAAAAUUGGCAAAGUUGGGUAGAAGAGUUAACAGUGUUAGAAAAAUUGGCAAUACCAAGAUGCCUAAAGCCAUUGGGUUUCGAAAAUGUUACAUUGUGCCAAUUACAUGUGUUCGCGGACGCUAGUACCCAGGGCUAUGGCAUUGCUGCAUACGUUAGGAUGGUUAAUACUGGAGGACAAAUCAACUGUGAGCUUCUGAUGGGCAAAGCAAGAGUCGCGCCGCUAAAAAAGAUUACGAUACCGCGCAUGGAGCUUACUGCAGCCGCUACUGCAGUAAAGUUCGGCCAUCUGAUAAUCCAGCAGAUGGAUUACAACUUUCAUGACAUUAGGUAUUGGACUGAUAGCAUGUCAGUGUUGCGCUACAUUCACAACUCAGCUACCCGUUUUCACACAUUUGUGGCCAAUAGACUGACGACCAUCCAUGAAGGAAGCCAACCAGGUCAGUGGAGCUAUGUUCCCACAAGGGAGAACCCUGCAGAUGCUGCAUCAAGGGGCCUUAGUCUGAAAAACGAGGCUGGCACACAAAUGUGGCUCAAGGGACCAGAUUUCUUGCAGAAAGAUGAAUCAGAGUGGCCAAGGACAGAACUGUCGAGUAGUUUACCUAUAGAUGACCCAGAGCUCAAAAGGGUCAGUGCAGCAACCACAGUAGUUAGUGAAGCUCAUACUACUGUAGACACUCUCUUCAGCAGAAUUUUUAGUUGGAGUAAACUGAGAAGAAUUGUGGCAUGGGUAAUUCGAGCGCAAAGAGUUUUCCGAGGAAAACACCCCAAACCUGGUGAGACUUGUUUGAAUAUCGAGGAUGUUACCACGGGUACCAAGAGAUUGACGAUGGAUGAGCUGAAUAGAGCUGAGAUGGCAAUAGUACGUUUCGAACAAGAAAGAUUCCUAGUUGAGGAUAUGAAAGUUAAGGGGGCAAGCAUUCAAAAAUUAGACCCGUUUCGAGAUGACCUGGGUCUGAUCAGAGUUGGUGGACGUCUUAGAGCUACUAUACCUGUAGAGACUAAACAUCCCAUUCUUCUGCCGAGACAAUCUGUGGUGCCUAAACUCAUGUUAGAGGAACUCCAUAGGACCCACGGGCAUGUGGGGCGCAAUAUGGUUCUGUCAGUAUUUCGGAAAAGGUACUGGGUGGCUAGAGGAACCAAACUCAUAGGGACAAUGAUUGCAAGGUGUGUCAUCUGUAGGCGCUACAGAGCAAAAGUAGGUGAGCAGAAGAUGGCAGAGUUACCUGUUCAAAGACUUAUGGGUGGUGAGAAAGCUUUUACCCGUUCCGGCAUGGAUUACUUCGGACCAUUUGAGAUAAAACGAGGACGGAAUGCUACAAUCAAACGGUAUGGAGUCCUGUUCACGUGCUUUGCAACGAGAGGAGUACAUCUUGAAUUAGCUAGUUCAUUGGAUAUGAGUUCUUGUAUCAAUGCAAUAAGACGUUUUGUUGCCAGGCGAGGAUCAGUGAAAUGGUUACGUUCAGACAAUGGUACUAACUUAGUGGGUGCCAAGGCCGAAUUAAAGAGGGCGCUGCAUGAGUGGAACCAGGAUAAAAUGCAUGCAACACUUCAACAGGAGGGCAUUGAGUGGGUGUUCAAUGCGCCCACUGCCUCGCAUCAUGGCGGCGUGUGGGAACGACUUAUCAGGGUUACUAGGAAAGUUCUUUACGGUGUCAUGAAAGAACAGGCUGUUAGAACUGAUGACGAGGGAUUACAGACUCUAUUUUGUGAAGUAGAGUCAAUAAUCAAUAGUAGGCCAAUUACAGUGGCAUCAGACAACCCGAAUGAGUCAGAAGCGCUGACUCCAAAUCACUUGCUGAUUCUUCAGACGGAUCCAGAGUUGCCUCCAGGGGAGUUUGUUAAGAAGGAUUUGUAUGUAAGGCAAAGAUGGCGUCAGAUUCAGCAUCUCACGGAGGUUUUCUGGCGAAGAUGGAGACAGGAAUAUGUCUUGUUGCUCCAAGAAAGACAGAAAUGGCUGCAACCGCGCAGAAAUAUGUCUGUCAAUGACAUUGUCUUGAUUACGGACAAUACUCCAAGGAACCAGUGGCCAAUGGGAAGGAUCAUUCAGGUCGAUGAGGACGACAAGGGACUAGUUCGUGUGGUUCAUGUGAAAACGAAAACCUCUGUGUUUGUGCGUCCCGUCACAAAGGUUGUGACAUUGUUGGAAGUUUAG